GUAUCACCUUGAGGCACUGGUCUUAUGAUCGAGGGUCGGGCUGUCAGAACACGUCGCGCUGCAGUAAGGUCAUUCUGACUUACCAGCAACAUAGCGGUGCGCAGCGACCGCCAAUGUCAACAUGGGGCCGAAACCUCGCUGCUGAACCAGAUUUCUGUAGCAAUGGAGCUGGCGGACUGGUAUCCAAUUCCAACUACCGUGGAUUUGUCGCCAGAGAUGGCUAUAAUAAUAUUCAAAACUAGCCGAAGCAGACUGUUUCGCGAGGAUAAACGAACUUCAUCCUGUUCUGUCACCCAGUCACCGUGUGCACCAAGCCACGCUACUUCGGGUGACAUCCCGUGGAUCGCCUGACUCGAGCUUCCCUGUGCUGUCGACGUCAUGUCAAAAAAAGCUACAACUUUCUCAAAGACCGACGAACACGUGUUGAAUGCGGCAAUAUUCACCAAAAGUUGGUGUUCUCUAGUGUCCGACGCGGUGAAGACGACAGAGUGGCCAAAUCCUUGCUAUCGUUGCGAGCUGAGCAAUAAGCCUAUACGCAGAUGACGAAAGUACUGGCGACUGCGUGAACGCUGUGGUUCCUUCUGAUCGGUCACGAAUCAGGACUUCAGAGCUUUGCGCAAAGAGCAGGCGUUUGGCCGUCCGAGCGGCAACCUCAAACUGUAUCAUGGACCCCUUCUCCCCCUUCUCCCCAACACCAACCACGAGGACCCCAAGCCCAAUACGAAAGAUAUGGAUAGCUGCCUCCUCUUUCUAUGCACUCUCGUCACCCUUCGUACGUUCUCUUGUGCACCUCCAACGAGCACACCGCCGGUCAUGCCAUAAUGGCCGAGACACAACCCUACUACCAGAGCUCGGCAAAUUCGAGAGGCCGCGAUCCUUCUCAGUUCCAAACAAAUACACAUCUCAGUCUACAACAGGUUCCGUACACCGCCAAGAACCAACCAGGGAACUUCGAUCGCCAGAGUAUCCCCUUCCGUCUCGCAAACUCGACAAAACCAGGCAUUCGGCUGUCAGCGGCGCUCGACAAAGCGUCCUUACGACAGCUGGUGGGCGGUAACGAAGAUUCGCGGAUCCGUACUAGGUCAAAGCUGUCAAUCCGUCUGCAGCCCAUGGGCUAUCCUCCAUUCGGAAAACAGAAGAGACCAGGCCGCUCUCUUGCACAUCUCGUGAAGCUGGUCGCCGAGGUAGUUCAGGCCUUCAUCGAGGAAUUCGCCGGACAGCCACCAAAAGAAGGCAACUAUCGCUUUGGUCCUGGAGGCAACAUCAAGUUGGAGGACUUGGUGUUGAUGAGGCUCGAGCAGGUGUCACCUGCUAGUUAUCAACCCGUCCUGCACAUCGUUCCUCGAGGACGCAUAUAACGGAGUCCACCUUUCCGUCUGAGGACAUCCAAUAGCGGCGGCGUCGCUCGAGAUAUCCAAUACGAUCUCGAUGCAUCGCAAGACGGCUGCUCAACAAGUUCUCCCUGAAGAUGAACCUGCCCAGCUCAUCUAUCCGAAUCUUCUCCGGUGCGACGCCCGGAAAGUGUAGACUAGUUAACGCUCUGGCUGUGAGAGAAAUCCCUCCUUUCCCCUCCCAACGGCUAUACUUCGUUACCGAUGUUAUGAAUCAUUUUUCAAAAAAAUCUAGUUCAUGUGUGUCAUGCUACUUUGGAACGAACGCUGUACCCUCCCACGAUUGAAGC